UUAAUCUUCAAGUGAUAGCUAAAUAAAAUUUAAUGUUACUGCAAUGUUCCUUGUGUUGUUUAAUUUGGGCCUGAACGAGGAAGGGUUGGGGGACAGAGAUUAGAAUGCUCGUUUGAGCACAAACCAGAACUGACCCCGUGUGCUUUUGCACUUGGUUACUAUUGGCUUCUUGUUUCUUUUUUCAUCAGUCUGGGGCUAAGGCUGUGUUAGGGUUGGAAGAUCUGAUUUUAGACAUGUUGACUAGGUUAUCCUGGGCAUGGAGCUGAGCCUGGCACAAGCUUCUUUCCUGUUGGUGUUUAUUUUGCUUUCAAGCACGUCCCCAUUCUCCGUCCCCAUUGUCCUGCGCAGGCCUGGCAUUGUGUUAGCUGCCCCCCGCCCCCCCAGAGGCUCUUUGAAGUGUAUACUGUACUGGUGGGCAGGUGGUAAUCAGCUUUUCAGCGGUGACUGGACAGGUUAAGUCAUGCGUCUAUGGCCAUGCUGACUGCUGGUGGGAGUGCAGACUGGAGUUUGCCAUCCUUGACUGACUGGUGUGUUCUUCCUUUUGAAGCGUUCUAAGAACGGAAGCAUCUGGGCUAGAUGGAAUUUAGCAUCAAAAAAAAUCCUCUUUCUGUUCAGAAAGUUGUAAAGUGCAUUAAGAUGAAGCAGGCACCAGAAAUCCUUGGCAAUACAAAUGGAAAGACUCAGAGCUGUGAAGUGAAUCGAGAGUGUUCGGUGUUCCUCAGCAAAGCCCAGCUUUCUAAUAGUCUGCAGGAGGGCGUCAUGCAGAAGUUUAAUGGCCACGAUGCACUUCCCUUUAUUCCAGCUGAGAAGUUGAAGGAUCUUACUUCCCGUGUAUUUAAUGGAGAACCGGGCACUCAUGAUGCCAAAUUGCGUUUUGAACCCCAGGAAAUGAAAGGAAUGGGGACACCACCUAGCACUACCCCUAUCAAAAAUGGCUCUCCAGAAAUUAAGCUUAAAAUCACCAAAACAUACAUGAAUGGGAAACCUCUCUUUGAGUCUUCUAUCUGUGGUGACAGUGCUGAUGUGUCCCAGUCAGGAGAAAAUGGACAAAAGCCAGAAAACAAGGCGAGAAGGAACAGGAAGAGGAGUGUAAAGUAUGAUUCCUUACUGGAGCAGGGCCUUGUCGAAGCAGCCCUAGUGUCUAAGAUCUCAAGUCCUUCUGAUAAAAAGAUUCCAGUUAAGAAAGAGUCCUGCCCAAACACUGGCAGAGACAAAGAGCAACUGUUGAAAUAUAACAUCGGUGAUUUGGUGUGGUCCAAAGUGUCCGGUUACCCUUGGUGGCCUUGCAUGGUUUCUGCAGAUCCACUCCUUCACAACUAUACCAAACUUAAAGGUCAGAAAAAGAGUGCACGCCAGUAUCAUGUACAGUUCUUUGGUGAUGCCCCAGAAAGAGCUUGGAUAUUUGAGAAGAGCCUUGUAGCUUUCGAAGGAGAAGGACAAUUUGAAAAAUUAUGCCAGGAAAGUGCCAAGCAGGCACCCACGAAAGCUGAGAAAAUUAAGCUGUUGAAACCUAUUUCAGGGAAACUGAGGGCCCAGUGGGAGAUGGGCAUUGUUCAAGCAGAAGAGGCUGCAAGCAUGUCAGUAGAGGAGCGGAAAGCCAAGUUCACCUUCAUUUAUGUAGGGGACCAGCUUCAUCUCAACCCCCGAGUGGCUAAGGAGGCUGGGAUUGCUAUGGAGUUUUCAGGAGAAAUGGCAGGAUCCUCAGGAGUCAGUGAAGAAGCGGCUGAAAACCCCAAGUUUGUGAGAGAAGAGGGCAUUCCCAUGAAGAGAAGGCGGAGAACCAAACUGUCUAGCUCUACUGAGAACCAGGAGAGUGACCCUGGCACAGUAAGGAACAGUCCUCAAAAGAUGGCAGAGGUGGACCCCAAAAGAGGAGUUGGGUCUCCUCCUGGGAGGAAGAAGGCCAUGGCCUCCACUCCACGAAGCAGGAAGGGAGAUGCAGCAUCCCAGUUUUUGGUCUUCUGUCAAAAGCACAGGGAUGAGGUGUUUGCUGAGCACCCAGAUGCUUCAGGUGAGGAGAUUGAAGAAUUGCUUGGAUCCCAGUGGAACAUGCUCAAUGAGAAGCAGAAAGCACGCUAUAACACCAAGUUUGCCCUAGUGACCCCUGCCCAGUCUGAAGAAGAUUCUGGUAACUUAAAUGGGAAAAAAAGAAACCACACAAAGAGGACACAGGACCCUACAGAUGGGGUUGAAGUUGAGGAUGCACCCAGGAAAAGACUCAGGACGGACAAACACAGUCUUCGGAAGAGAGACACAAUCACUGACAAAACGGCCAGAACAAGUUCUUACAAGGCCACAGAGGCAGCCUCCUCACUCAAGAGCCAGGCAGCAACGAAAAAUCUGUCUGAUGCAUGCAAACCACUGAAGAAGCGAAAUCGAGCUUCUGCGACAGCAUCUUCAGCUCUUGGGUUUAGCAAAAGUUCAUCUCCUUCUGCAUCCUUAACUGAGAAUGAGGUCUCAGACAGCCUGGGAGACGAGCCUUCGGAGUCACCAUAUGAAAGUGCAGAUGAAACACAGACUGAAGUGUCCAUCUCAUCUAAAAAGUCUGAGCGAGGAGUGACUGCCAAAAAGGAGUACGUGUGUCAGCUAUGUGAGAAGACAGGCAGCCUCUUGUUGUGUGAAGGCCCCUGCUGUGGAGCUUUCCACCUCUCCUGCCUCGGGCUUUCCCGGAGACCAGAAGGGAGGUUCACCUGUAGCGAGUGCACCUCAGGGAUUCACUCGUGUUUCGUGUGUAAGGAGAGCAAGACAGAUGUUAAGCGCUGUGUCGUAACUCAGUGUGGGAAAUUUUACCAUGAGGCGUGUGUGAGGAAAUUCCCUCUGACGGUGUUUGAGAGCCGAGGCUUCCGCUGCCCCCUGCAUAGCUGUGUGAGCUGCCAUGCUUCAAACCCUGCAAACCCAAGGCCGUCGAAAGGUAAAAUGAUGCGGUGUGUCCGCUGCCCUGUUGCCUAUCACGGAGGAGACGCUUGUCUGGCAGCAGGAUGCUCAGUGAUUGCUUCCAACAGCAUCAUCUGCACGGGCCACUUCACUGCUCGGAAGGGGAAGAGGCACCAUGCCCACGUCAAUGUGAGCUGGUGUUUCGUGUGCUCCAAAGGAGGGAGCCUCCUGUGCUGUGAGUCCUGCCCAGCAGCCUUCCACCCAGACUGCCUGAACAUCGAGAUGCCCGAUGGCAGCUGGUUCUGCAAUGACUGCAAAGCUGGGAAGAAACUACACUUCCAAGAUAUUAUUUGGGUUAAACUUGGGAACUACAGAUGGUGGCCGGCAGAAGUUUGCCAUCCCAAAAAUGUUCCCCCAAAUAUUCAGAAAAUGAAGCACGAGAUUGGAGAAUUCCCUGUGUUUUUCUUUGGGUCUAAAGAUUAUUACUGGACGCAUCAGGCUCGAGUGUUCCCAUACAUGGAGGGGGACCGGGGCAGCCGCUACCAGGGGGUCAGAGGGAUCGGAAGAGUCUUCAAAAACGCUCUGCAAGAAGCUGAAGCUCGUUUUCGUGAAAUUAAACUUCAAAGGGAAGCCCGAGAAACACAGGAGAGUGAGCGUAAGCCCCCACCGUACAAGCACAUAAAGGUGAAUAAACCUUAUGGGAAAGUCCAAAUCUACACAGCUGAUAUUUCUGAAAUCCCGAAAUGCAACUGUAAGCCCACAGAUGAGAAUCCUUGUGGCUUUGAUUCAGAGUGUUUGAACAGAAUGCUGAUGUUCGAGUGCCACCCGCAGGUGUGUCCUGCAGGAGAGUACUGCCAGAACCAGUGUUUCACCAAGCGCCAGUACCCAGAGACCAAGAUCAUCAAGACCGAUGGCAAAGGGUGGGGCCUGGUCGCCAAGAGGGACAUCAGAAAGGGAGAAUUUGUUAAUGAGUAUGUUGGGGAGGUGAUUGAUGAAGAGGAAUGCAUGGCAAGAAUCAAGUAUGCACACGAGAACGACAUUACGCACUUCUACAUGCUUACUAUAGACAAGGACCGUAUAAUUGAUGCUGGCCCCAAAGGAAACUAUUCUCGGUUUAUGAACCACAGCUGCCAGCCUAAUUGUGAGACCCUCAAGUGGACAGUGAACGGGGAUACUCGAGUGGGCCUGUUUGCCGUGUGUGACAUUCCUGCAGGGACGGAGUUGACUUUUAAUUACAACCUCGAUUGUUUGGGCAAUGAAAAAACGGUCUGUCGGUGUGGAGCCUCUAAUUGCAGUGGAUUCCUCGGGGAUAGACCAAAGACCUCAACGUCCCUUUCUUCAGAGGAAAAGGGCAGAAAGACCAAGAAGAAAACCAGGCGGCGCAGAGCAAAAGGGGAAGGGAAGAGGCAGUCUGAGGACGAGUGCUUCCGCUGUGGCGACGGUGGCCAGCUGGUGCUGUGCGACCGCAAGUUCUGCACCAAGGCCUACCACCUGUCCUGCUUGGGCCUGGGCAAGCGGCCCUUCGGGAAGUGGGAGUGUCCUUGGCAUCAUUGUGAUGUGUGUGGCAAACCUUCAACUUCGUUCUGCCACCUUUGCCCCAAUUCAUUUUGUAAGGAACACCAAGAUGGGACAGCCUUCAGCUCUACCAAGGAUGGGCAGUCCUACUGCUGUGAGCAUGACUUGGGGCCAGAAUCAGUCAGAAGUGCCAAGACUGAGAAACCCUUUCCAGAACCAGUGAAGUCAAAGGGGAAGGGGAAGAGGAAGAAAAGGAGGUGUUGGCGGAGGGUCACGGAAGGCAAAUAGCAUCAGGUGGCUGCUUGGCCAGAUCCAGGGGCGGUGUGGGGUGGCCAGCCCUGCCUGCAGGGAGAGGAGGAGCUUGGGACUGGCCCAGAGGACCCAGCUCACGGCCGCCAGGACAGAUGCAUAGGCCUCCUUGGGAGGGAGCGCCUGCCCACCACUGAGCCAUCCUCAGCAGCGUCUGCUGCGUCUGCACUGAUGACCGUCAGAGCUGCAGCUCGGCGUUCCAGGACAAACCAGCCUUACUACACAGCAUUACAGCAACACUUGAAUUUCUGAGAAUGUCAAGGUUCCCUCCCGCUCUAUUUUUUUAGGUUAAAGUUAUGACUGAAAGUUAAUUGGCUUAUGAAAUGUUUUUUAUCUCAUCUGAAGUGUAUAGAAUAGUAUUUUUUCUAAAGCAUCACUAUUAACUCUGACCUUAAUGUUACUCCACUUCCGCUUACAGCGUUGUCAUCACUCAGGAGAGACCAGGGUGGGCCUGUGCAAGGACUUGGACCCUGGAUUCCUUGGAAACCAUGAUUUUGACUAUUUUGCUCUUUUGAAACAGCUGGUUUUUUUUUUUUUUUUUUUUGGUACUAAUGUGAAUUUUUCCUCAAUGCUUCUUUUCCAUCCUAGUGAGAAGCUGGCCAUGCAGAUGGGGAUAGUGAUAGUGUUGUAGUAAGAUUUCCUCCCAUAGCUUUUUCUCUUCAUGGAUUUGAACUAAAUGCCGGUAACCUAUCCACCCUCAGAGUGCAGGUCACGCAGAGCAGCCUUUCCCAGCCUGGCCAGUUUGCGCCACUUCCCACCCGGGCCUAUAUUCUGAACUCUUAUCAACACCUGCAGGAAGACUAUGUAUAUUUUUUUCAUUUGGCUUUUCUUUACUAGUUCUGGUUUUUAUUCUCAAUAUAUUUUUGCUAAACCCAUUCCACAAAUCACCACCGACUGAAACGUGUAUUUACUGGUGUGGGCCUGAGUCCUGAGGCAGAAGGAGUCAUCUCGUUAGGGGUGUGAUACUGCAGUCUGCCCGGAGUGGUAAUUUAGGGAAUCCCAAAGGGCCCUGCACACCACCCCGCAAGGGACACAACACGUGAUCUGCGGAGACCCAGUUUCGAGCUUUGGCCAUCUGAAGCGAUUUCCACUUGGCACUCUGUGGGUCUGUUACUAGAAACAUUGAAUUGUGCCAGUCUCAGUUGCUCUCCACCAGGUGGGUGUGUGUGCACACGUGUGGGCGCCCGCUCUGAGCCAGGUCUGAUACCCACUUCCCUGUGAGAUUUCAAUUAUCUUUUAAUUAUUAAAAGGUCCAGCCCUACAGAGUGAGAAAUAUCCGAGUACUAUAUUCUGAUAGACUUGGAAGACUUGAUUCUUUUUUUCUGGGGGUUCCUCUUGACCCUGGGAAGUGUGGAGCACCCUGGGAAGGGGGAGGCAUGUGCGCCCUGAGGGGCUGCCUUGUCCUGUAGCGGGGAGGGUAAGAACACUCAGCAGCAGCUGCUUUUUUUCUGGCUUUUUCUUAAAAUCAGAACAUCCAUUUUCCAAAAGUUUACAGAACCCUUGAAAACUGCUACUGAGGUCUCCUUUUCUUUCAUGUUAUCUUUUUUUGCCUUGUCCAAGUGCAGUGUCCUUGGACCCAAGACUGACUACAUGGGUUUGUGACCUGCACACUUUGGUUUCAGGUGUGAGGACCUGUGGGGCUCAGCACCUCCCCAAAGCACUGACUGUGGGAGGGAGUUCUACUGACUGGUGGCUGUCCUGCUGGCCCUUUUAUCAUGGUCCCAAACAAAAAGGGACCAGAAGGAAACGGGCUCUGCAGUCGGCUGAUUUCACCAUGUGUAGGCAGUUACCUCUGGAAACACAGUUGUCUGGUAAGAUAGGCAGUGGGGAGUCCUUUCUCAGUUUAGAACUCUUAACUUCUCUCAAAUUGUCUUCAGAAAAUACUGGAUUGGUUCACAGGUGUAUGCUCCUCAUGCCCUGAACUUGGAAGGCUGCUGCAGUGACAGGCCUUUGGAGCCAAGGCCCUGGGGGCCCCUCUGACAGGUGUGGGCAGAUGCUGUCACUUGUCUAAGAGAUCCUUUCCUACCAGUUGGAGGGGUUUCUGCAUAAGUCAAAACAUUGGAGUUGGUUUUGCAGUGCACUUUGGGGGAGCAGAUUAACUUAUUUUUGUGUUUGACAGUAGUAAAACCUUAGGAUGUUUGAGUCACUUUGAUAUUACUUCCAAAUUAUUUUAUGACCUUUCUAAAGGAAAUACUGCAAAAAUUUUAAAUAUGGUUCCUUCCCCUUUCCAAAAACUGUUAAUGAGCAAAUAACACUAACUUUGAAAAUCUUUAGAACACCAGUUUAUAAACCAGAGUAAAACAAAGCUUUGGGGUAACGGCCCCAAGCUUGAAGGGCCUUUGCCCACUGGAGCUGACCGGGCAUCCAGCUGUGACCAUGGACAUGGCCAGUGUUCUGACCUGCCCACCUUUGUUCUAAGAGUCUGGGGGAGAUUUGUUUUUGAGGACUUGUGACUUUCUAAACAUCAGCUUCAAUCCUUUGUCAUUAAUGGGAAGCAAAACACAAACAAAAACUGCCCAAACACCUCAAGAUUCUUUGGCGUCAGAAACCAACCAGGAUCUGCACGUGUGAGUCUGUGGGAACAGGACUGCCUCACGCUGUGCGUGCGCUCAGUCCGACAGUUAGCAAACGUGGUCACUUGUGGGGAAAUUUGUCUGGCACCCAAAGUGGUGAGGACCCAGUUGUCCUGUCUCUGGGAAUGGCCCAGUCCCCAGUAAUGCCCACCCAGGUCCUGUGCACACUCAGGUUUGUGCUUCUCACAUAUCCAAAGUAUUUAUCUUGACAUCUGAACCAUGAUGUGUACAGUACUCAUCUUCUAUAACUACCUUGUCUUCAAGGAUUAAAGGCAAACCCAUUUUAAUUAAAGUUAACACAAAAUGAUGAUCAGUUGCCACUUAUGUUGAUCCUAUGAGUGUAGUUGAUGACUAUUAGUAAAAUGCCUGUCGCUGGGCGCCAUGUGUCACAUUACCCUGUUGAGAUGUGAAGUGCCCUCUCAGAAAUUAAAUAUAAAUUUAAAUGUG